UAAAGUCUUUGAUAUGACCCGACCGGGAUUUGAACCUCGAUGUCCUACAGCAGACCCUCUACCACUGGGCCACUGAGAAGUCAUUUGAUUUGAAAAGUAAUUUCCUGUUUUCUGAGUCAGUUCUUAUCUCACCAACUUGAAACAAUAAUACAGUAAGCGUGAAUGUGAAGUUCCAUCAACCGGUAAUUCACAUCAUGUUUCUGUUUCCUACAGAUGUUCAACAGCUGUUGCUGGUUAAAGAAGAAGCUCCUGAGGAACAGAGUGCUGGUGAGGACCAGAAAGACCCAGAACACCUCCACAUGAAGGAGGAACAAGAAGAAAACUGGACCAGCCUGGAGGGAGAGCAACUCCAUUUGGAGGAGAAAACUGAUGCUGCCAGGUUUCCAUUCACAUUGGCUUCUAUAAAGAGUGAGGAUGAUGAAGAGAAACCUCUGUUCUCACAGCUUCAUCAGCAGCAAGUAGAAGACAAAGAAGUUCCAACCAGCAGCUCAGCUAACCAGAUGACAGCAGAAACUGGUGGAAGAGCAGAAACUAGCAGGAACCAAGAUCUGAACCCUCAUGAACAGACAUCUGAUUCUUCAGAAACUGAAAUGAGUGGAGAUUAUGAAGAGGGUGAUGAUGUGAAUCUAGACUCUGAGCUGUCAGACUGUGGGUCUGAAACUGGAGAAGAAGACAGUGACUGGAAUGAAAGCAAGUCUUCUGAUAUACAUAUUAGGACUGUCAACAAGUCCUUUAGCUGCCCUGAGUGUGGUAAACAAUUUGUCCACAAGAGGUCUCUCCAGAAACAUGUGAGAGUGUCAGGUCAUUCAGCAAUAAGGUCUUCAAGCUGUUUGGUCAAAAAGAAAGGUGUUAGAGUGAAGCAACAUGUAGACUCAUGCAAGAAAGUCCAGAAAGAACUAAAAUCAUUUAGUUGUGAUGUAUGUGGAAAAAGAUUUAGUGCAAUGUAUAAUUUAAACAGGCACAUAAGAGUCCACACAGGAGAAAAACCUUUUGUCUGUGAGACUUGUGGUCGAAGAUUUGCCUUAAAACAAGCCUUAGACGUUCACAUGAAAGUCCACACAGGAGAAAAAGCUUUUGUCUGUGAGACCUGUGGUAAAAGAUUUCGCAAAAAGGCAGCUUUAAACAGGCACAUGAAAGUCCACACAGGAGAAAAACCUUUUGUCUGUGAGACCUGUGGUCGAAGAUUUGCCGUAAAACAAGCCUUAGACGUUCACAUAAAAGUCCACACAGGAGAAAAACCUUUUGCCUGUGAGACCUGUGGUAAAAGAUUUUGCGAAAAGGCGGCUUUAAACAGGCACAUGAAAAUCCACACAGGAGAAAAACCUUUUGUCUGUGAGACCUGUGGUAAAAGAUUUGGCCAUAAAUCAGCUUUAAAUAUUCACAUUAGAGUCCACACAGGAGAAAAACCUUUUGCCUGUGAGACCUGUGGUCGAAGAUUUGCCUUAAAACAAGCCUUAGACGUUCACAUGAAAGUCCACACAGGAGAAAAACCUUUUGUCUGUGAGACUUGUGGUCGAAGAUUUGCCUUAAAACAAGCCUUAGACGCUCACAUGAAAGUCCACACAGGAGAAAAACCUUUUGUCUGUGAGACCUGUGGUAAAAGAUUUUGCAAAAAGGCAGCUUUAAACAGGCACAUAAGAGUCCACACAGGAGAAAAACCUUUUGUCUGUGAGACUUGUGGUCGAAGAUUUGCCUUAAAACAAGCCUUAGACGUUCACAUGAAAGUCCACACAGGAGAAAAACCUUUUGUCUGUGAGACCUGUGGUAAAAGAUUUUGCAAAAAGGCCGCUUUAAACAGGCACAUGAGAGUCCACACAGGAGAAAAACCUUUUGUCUGUGAGACCUGUGGUCGAAGAUUUGCCUUAAAACGAGCCUUAGACGUGCACAUGAAAGUCCACACAGGAGAAAAACCUUUUGCCUGUGAGACCUGUGGUAAAAGAUUUUGCGAAAAGGCAGCUUUACACAGGCACAUGAAAGUCCACACAGGAGAAAAACCUUUUGUCUGUGAGACCUGUGGUAAAAGAUUUGGCUAUAAAUCAGCUUUAAAUAUUCACAUUAGAGUCCACACAGGAGAAAAACCUUUUACCUGUGAGAUCUGUGGUCGAAGAUUUAGCCGAAAGGGAAAUUUAAGCAUUCACAUGAGAGUCCACACAGGAGAAAAAUCUUUUGCCUGUGAGACCUGUGGUCAAAGGUUUGCUUUAAAACAAGCGUUAGACGUUCACAUGAAAGUCCACACUGGAGAAAAACCUUUUGCCUGUGAGACCUGUGGUAAAAGAUUUAGCCAAAAGACAGCUUUAGUCUAUCAUGUGAGAGUCCACACGAGAGAAAAACCUUUUGCUUGUGAGACCUGUGGUCAAAGAUUCAGCCAAAAGGCAAUUUUAAACUAUCACAUGAAAGUCCACACAAAAGAAAAACCUUUUGCCUGUGAGACCUGUGGAAAAAGAUUUGGCUAUAAAUCAGCUUUAAACAUUCACAGAAGAGUCCACACAGGAGAAAAACCUUUACCCUGUGAGACCUGUGGUCAACGAUUUGCCUAUAAACAAGCCUUAGACGUUCACAUGAAAGUCCACACAGGAGAAAAACCUUUUGCCUGCGAGACCUGUGGUAAAAGAUUUGGUUUUAAGACAGCUUUAAACUAUCACUUGAGAGUCCAUACAGGAGAAAAACCUUUUUCCUGUGAGACCUGUGGUAAAAGAUUUGGCUAUAAGACAGCUUUAAACAGGCACAUGAAAGUCCACACAAGAGAAAAACCUUUUGCCUGUGAGACCUGUGGUCAAAGAUUUAGAGACAAGACAGAUUUAAACUGUCACAUUACAGUUCACACAAGACAUAAUGACUAGCUGCGACCAGCUGUGUGAGAUAUUGGCAUCCUGGUUGAGUGUGUUUGUGUGUUUUGGUGCUUUAUAAUAGUUUUAAUACAUUAUUUUGUGCCCCAGCUAACCUAGAAUCCUUCUGACAGUAAUAAGAUGGAUUUAUGUAAGUUGAUUGCGUUGGGACUUUUGAUUGCGUGGCUGUUUGCCGCUGGAGGGAAUGGAGCUGUCAUGGCAGGGAGGCAACUCUACUCCAGGGAGACGCUGCUACAGUUGAGACCGACAGGCAAGACAGUUGAAUCGGAUCUGGUGCUGCAUUGGUUGGAGUCCGCGGAUAAUGGAAGAUCAAGCCAUGAUGUUUUUGGGAGGAGAAGGAAACGUGGAAAACGCGGUGGUGUGUGAGUCCGCAUGAGGAAGUAAGGAUUAAAUCACAUUCCUUUACCCUCAAUCAUUAUGGGAAAUGUUCAAUCAUUGAGGAAUGAAACGGAUGAAUUACAAGCAUGUGUCCGAUAUCAGAAGGACUUUGGAAAGUGCUGCAUUUUGGCUUUCUCUGAAACAUGGCUUACACAUAAAGAACAGGAUUCGGGCCUGGCGGUUGAUGGCUUCGGAGCUCCGCUUCGCUUGGAUCAACAGGCUGAGUUGAUGGGGAAACAUCAAGGCAGAGGGGUAUGUUUAUACGUAAACAAAACAAUACUGCAAAUCAAUCAAGAUACGUGAAAGAAUCUGCAACCCAGAUGUAGAACUGCUGUCAGUCUCAAUGUGCCCCUUCUACCUGCCGCGGGAGUUCCCGCAACUCUUUUUUUACUAUGGUGUAUAUUAACCCGAAAGCAAAUGCGUAGUUAGCCUCCAGAACUAUCUUUGACGUUGUACAGAGAUGGCAGUCAAUUUCCCCAGAUGCACCUAAUUUCAUUCUGGGGGAUUUUAAUCAUGUGAAUUUAGGUAAGAUGCUUAAAAACUUGUAGCAGUACGUGACCUGUUCUACCAGGAAGGACAGAACUCUGGACAUGUGUUACGGGUCUAUAGAGAAUGCUUAUAAAUCUUUCUCUCUUCCACCUCUGGGAUCUUCAGAUCAUAACUGUGUACACCUCUUGCCGAACUACAAGACUGUGUUUAAAAUAGAAAGGUUGGCUGCUU